AUGUACAAGAAAGUGGUUGGUUCCCUCUUGGCUGCUGCGAGUCUCGUUUCUCUAGGUAAUUUUUGAAUGCAGUAUGACAAGUUUUUAGUGCAUUGCGAUGAAACUGCCAACCCAGUAGUCCAAAAGCGGAAUCAAUUUGGAGUCUACUCAGUAAGUGUUUUUGAAUAAGUGUUAUGUCACCACGAUCCAUAAUCAAAAAAGGAGUUUAGUUCGUGACCCCUGAUUACCCGGCGGCGUUUGCCAUCGUGGCCGGAAUAAGUAUUAUCUUGACCAUCGGAAUCAUCUUCAUCGUCGUUGGGCUUUUGACCAUGGAUCCCGGUCGUGACUCCAUCAUCUACCGUAUGACUACCACCAGAAUGAAGAAGGAAUGA